AUGAGCAGCCGAGGCGGCGGUGGUGGUGGUGGUGGAAGUUGUUUCAAAUGUCAACAGGUUGGUCACUUUGCCAGAGAUUGCACACAACCAGAUAGUGGGUCAGGUGGUGGUGGUUACGGCGGUCGGGGAGGUAGCAGUUAUGGAGGAAGACAAGGAGGUGGUGGUGGUGGUGGUUAUGGUGGAUCAUCAUAUAAUCGUAGCGGUGGUUUUGGAAGUGGUGGAGGUGGAAGUAGUAGUGGAGGAGGAGGAGGAAGUGGUCGAUGUUUCCGUUGUAAUCAAAACGGUCAUUUUGCACGAGAUUGCCCGAGUGAUGCCAAUCAAAGUGUUUGCUAUAACUGCAAUCAGCCUGGUCAUAUGUCACGCGAGUGUACAGAACCAAAAUCAAGUUCAAAUAACAACAGUUAUGGUGGUGGUGGUGGUGGUUCUUCGUCUUCUGGUGGACGUGGUGUUUGUUAUCGUUGUAACAAGCCUGGGCACAUAGCUCGUGAUUGUACAGAUAGUGGUGGUCAAUCAAAUCGAAGUGGCCAAGGUUCGCAACAACAAGGUGGAGACGGUGAUUUCGAUAAUUAA